CCUGUCGGGCAUCGUUCAGGGCUUAAAUGCCCACGAGCAUGGGUGUGUAGGGCAGGCUAAACAUCCCAGAAUACAAAGAAAGAGGCACCAUGGCCGAAAUAUCUCUGUAUCUCACCAACGUGAAUGUGUCUUUGGGCCAAACGAUGGACGUAGAGAAGAGCCCCAGCACAGGGAAGGACUUUGAGAGUGUCGAGCUGGGAGACCUGGAGAAGGGGGAUCAGAAAGAAGAGAAAGCCCCACGAAGGAUCAUCCAUUUCUCUAGCGGAGAAACCAUGGAAGAGUACAGUACAGACGAGGAGGAGGGGGAGGACAAGGAACCAGAGAAGAAGGACCUACUGUCCCCCCCUGUCGAUGCGGUGAGGAACAAGCUGACCUGGGGCCCGUACUUCUGGUUCCAUAUGUGGAGAGCAGCUACCUCCACUGUUUCAGCUUGUGACUACCUCGGGGAGAGGAUGGCCUCSCUCUUUGGAAUCACAUCGGCCAAAUACCAGUACGCCAUCGACGAGUAUUACAGGAUGAGGAAGGAGAAGGAGGAGGAAGAUGAGGACAACCGGUUAUCRGAGGAGGCGGAGCAAUACUUUGUCGAGAAUCAGGACGAGGAGAUCCAUGGACCAAUGACGGAUCAGCCAGAGGGAACCGCUACCACCCCCCACUCCACGGACACCUAUCAGGUUGAGAAAGAGGCCAAGGCCACGCCUACUGCCAUCAGGGUCCCAGCCAUUGUCACGACAACAACCUAACUGACUUCUGGAGAGAUGAUUAUGUGUUGUCCAUAUUUGUUUUGUUUUAAUUUGUCAAGGAGGUGGAGGCGCUCUGUGGUCUGUCUCUCUGAUAGUGCUGAACGAUUAACCGAAAUUUCGUGUGCACAUUGCACAGUUUCUCUAGAGAUAAAUCAGAUCCAGACUGAACUGUGCGAUGUAGUACGGCGUUGUAGUUUCCAACAGGCCAAUAUUCUACAUAGUUUAGCGUGUAAAACGUGGUAAUUAACUAUAAUACCCAUAAUCCAUUUCGCAUCUGCUAGUCCGGUCUGUUUCUUUUACUGCUUCUACAGAAGCGAGAAGAAUGCGAGAUUGUGAGGUGAUAUAGAGAGCAGCUGUUGCCUCGCGAGGUAUCUCUACCUGAAAAUACAUGAUCUAAGUGAUWGAUAUUGGUAGAAAUCACUUGGUAUUCAGCCGUCAAACGUAUGCCUUAUUUACUUUUUAAGAACAACUUAAAUAGUGAUUUUGUCAGGCAGCAGCUCUAUAGAUAUGAUGACUU